GUUUCGCUCGAUUCAGCUUCUGCCUCAUUUAAAUCAUACCUUAUCAAUGUCAUUCCAUAUUUUGGACCUCUUAGAGGAUGCGGUCUCGAAGGCCCCCGACAAAGGAUUGUACUUCUACAAAGCUGGAUCGGUAUCACCACCUCAAUUUUUGUCAUAUCAAGGGUUAUUGGCGAAGGCAAAGUUCAACGCCGAUAUUCUGAAAAAGGCAAACAUUGCUGCAAAUGGGUCGAUCGUCCUUCUCCAUCUAGACUCUCAUGUAGACUACAUUGAGUGGUUCUGGUCCGUCAUUGCCGCUGGCGCCAUUCCUGCCGUGUCUACACCUCUUGCAUCGGACUUGGUUGCUCGAGAACGCCACCUGCUUCAUCUAGAGAAAAUUCUUGAAAGUCCCAAGGUCAUUACAGUUGAGAGAAUUCGCGGAGAACUCAGCUCUGUUCCCACGCUCGAUGUGACUUCUAUCGAAGCACUUUCACUAUAUGGAAAAUCGACUGACGAAGUGAAAGUCAACGGCAAGGCAAACACGAAUGGUUAUCAUGGGCAACCGGACGCGACAGCUCUACUAAUGUUAACAUCAGGGAGUACGGGAAAUGCUAAAGCUGUAGAACUUAGGCAUGAACAGAUCCUAGCUUCCAUGAAGGGGAAGUCAGCUGCAACGAGUACCACAGCUCAAGAUGUUUUCCUCAAUUGGAUAGGGUUUGAUCACGUUGCAUGUUUGACGGAAAUUCAUAUGCACGCCAUGUUUUGCGGUGCAACUCAGAUACACGUCCCCGCCGUUGAACUCUUGCGCGCUCCUCCUAUGUUCUUUAAAGUCAUAGAGAACCACGCUGUGAGUCACACAUUCGCCCCCAACUUCUUCCUUGCCACAGUUGUCAGGGCUAUUAGGAGCCAGAGCCCGCCUGAGCAGUACGACCUGUCAUCUCUUCGAACUGUCGUAAGUGGUGGUGAGGCCAACGUCGUUUCCACUGGCUUGGAUUUCACCCAGAUCAUAGUGUCCAUGGGUGCGGCAGCUACAUCGCUACAGACGGCAUUUGGUAUGACAGAGACCUCUGCCGCUAGUCACUACCACCAGCACUUCCCGACCCUGGAAGAAAACGCGGAUUUGAAAUUCUGCUCUGUCGGUCGUACUAUAAACUCCGUUCAGCAGCGUAUCACCGAUGAUGAGGGAAACGUUAUGUCCCCAGGGGAAGGCGGCAACCUAGAGCUUUCUGGGCCUGCAGUGUUCAAGGCUUAUCACAAUAAUCCUGAGGCUACAGAAUCGUCUUUCUCGCCCGAUGGUUGGUUUAAGACGGGCGACAAAGGCUAUAUAGAUGAUUCUGGAAGUCUGAUUCUGAGUGGUCGAGCCAAGGACUCAAUCAUCAUUAACGGGGUGAAAUACUUCUCACACGAGCUCGAGUCGGCCCUUGAGGGAGCCAAGAUCCCGGGCGUAACUCCAUCUUUUACGGCCUCUUUCUCUACCUGGCCUAAGGGCGCUGAUAGUGAGGAGCUGGUUAUUAUCUUCCUCCCCGAAGCGGGGAUUGCAGAUGACGACGCAGCUUUUGCUGCCACAAUUGACGCCAUUGGCAAGCAAUCAACUCUCUACUGCUCAAAGAAUCCUGUAGACAUCAUCCCACUGCCUAUCGAACUUCUUCCUAAAUCCGCCCUCGGUAAAUUGUCCCGCCCUAAAUCAAAGAUUGCCUACGAAGCCGGCAAGUAUGACGAGUAUCGCUUGGCAGCUAAGGCGCGCGUAUCGGCCUACAAAAAGCGUUCCCGGGUCGCACCAACAACGGAAACAGAGAAGGCACUCAUUGAAGUGUUUGCAACGGAGUUUGGACUAGACAAAGAUGAGGUGGGCAUAGAGAAUAGCUUGACAGACAUGGGUGUGGAUAGUAUUCAGUUGAUUAGGUUCAAGGCACUGGUACAGGAUCAUCUCAAGCUCGAUCAAGAAAUCCCCAUGAUUUCCCUCCUACAAAACCCAAGCAUCAAGGGUUUGGCAGAAGUCCUGUUGCAAUUGGAAAAGGGGGUUAAAGCUUAUGAUCCAAUUGUGCAGCUUCAGAAUGGGACAUCCAACUCGCCCCCAAUUUUCUUCUUCCAUCCUGGUUUGGGAGAGAUCUUGGUAUUUUUGAACUUGAGCAAGUUCUUCUCCGAUCGUCAGGUAUAUGCCAUCAGAGCACCAGGAUUCAACCCUGGUGAAGAAAUGCAUAAAUCAGUUGAUGACAUGACCGACACUUACCUCAAUGCCAUCCGCAAAAAGCAACCGGAAGGUCCUUAUGUGCUCGUAGGAUAUUCAUUCGGCGCCAUGAUCGCAUUCGAGAUUGCCAAGAAGAUCGAGGCCAGCGGUGGCAAAGUCGGCUUUAUCGGAACGUUGAAUCUCCCACCCCACAUCAAAUUCCGAAUGAUCGAGCUUGACUGGACUGAACUCUUACUCAACCUGGUCUAUUUCCUUGGCUUCAUCACUGAAGACGAAGCUCACGCCAUGUCUCCCGAAAUGCACACAUUGCCGCAGGAAGAGGUGUUGUCGAGGAUCAUGAAGGUGGCGCCCAAGGACCGUCUGGUCGAACUCGACCUGAACGAGAAGAAGCUGCAGCAUUGGGCAGCACUUUCUUCGAAGUUGCAAGGCCUGGCUCACAAUUACGAUCCGUCGGGGAUGGUCGAACGCAUGGAUGUUUUCUACGCGGUACCUUUGAUAGCCGUGGGCCGCGAUAAGGGCAAAUGGCUCGAAGAUCAUCUCCUCGCGUGGAAAAAUUUCGUACGCGAUGUCGAGUUCCAUGAUGUCCCGGGGUCCCACUACACCAUGAUGAACCAGGAGAAUGUUUUUGAGCUACAGAAAUCAAUGAAAGCCGCUAUGGCUAAGCGGAACGUACUGUGAAAUACUUCUUGUGUCUAUAUCACAAUCACGCGGUGAUCACUUUUUUCUUACCUGGUAGGACACAUUACAUGUGACUCUGAAGGUUGUACACGCAUGAGGGGAGGUGGGGGGGGGCAGUUGAAUGUCCUGGCACCCUCCGGGGAUUUUAUAGUUUAUAGUCACGUGAUGGAUCCUCCCAGGAUCUGAUAUCAGGAAGAUUGUAUAUGACUCUGGGUCGUCACCCCAUUAGAUAGGAGCUUCGUGCUCAGCUUGUUUCACAAUUUAUAGUAUACAUUUACCAAUCACAUCUGUAUUUGAUUCGUUGACUUA